GAUACCUACAUGCGUUAUGACGGGUUGGUGAGCUGUGAAGAGAUUAUGCUACCUCUCGAAGUGCCCAGAAGCACCCAAAAACUAACUUUAUACAGAUAUAACAUCUCAGUUUUAACCGAGAGAGCGUUUUCAGCCAAUGGGACCGACAUGGACUUGCGCGCGCUGUCACUGCAGGACAACAACAUACAGGUGAUCGAAAGUUGUGCGUUUUGUGGACUCCCACGACUUGUUUCCUUAGAUUUGAGUCAUAACCGUUUAAGGGCUGUGUCCUCUGGAGCUUUUUAUGGCUUGGAACGGCUACGUCAUCUUAACCUCAGUAACAACUUAAUGACUUCGGGCGCGUGGCAAGUCGCUCUGUCCACGGACAGUUUGUGUAAUCUUCAGAUAUUGGACCUGUCUGGAAAUUGUUUGAAGGUUAUUCCUCUUUCUGGGUUUGGCAACCUCAAUUUAACCACUUUAAUACUCACAAAUAAUUCAAUUGCGACAUUGGAUAAGCACAGUUUAGCGAAACUAAACGAAUUCGAGGAAAUACAUGUUUACUUAUCACACAACCCGUUCGACUGUAAAUGUGACAAAGUGAAGGAGUUUUAUGAUUGGCUGAAGAACAGCUCCCAAUGCGCAGACGUAACUAGCCUGAAAUGCGCGCAACCAGAAAAGAAGAAGAAUACACUCGUAAAGGAUCUAGAAAAGAGGGAUAUGGAGUGCCAAAACUUGGAUGCCCGGUCUUAUGUGCUUCUCGGCAUUGUGUUGGCCCUCAUUGGAGUUGUGUUCCUCAUGGUGUUGUAUUUGAACAGAAGAGGCAUCAAGAGGUGGCUCAAUAACAUUAGAGAGGCCUGCCGGGAUCAAAUGGAGGUGUAUCAUUACAGAUAUGAACAGGACUCCGAUCCCAGGUUAGCAAACGUUGCCGUUUAAUCGGAACCUGCUGACCUCAUCUCCCUGAACUGUUUGAUGUAACGCUAUGACAACGAAACUGGAGUUUGUGGCUCUUAAGUCCAUGUAUGUUAGCUUUAAGACAAACAAACUCUUAAAAGAUCACAAAAUAAACUUUCAGCAGAAAUACACUUAUUAACUUUAAGUUUGGGGAGAAUGAAUAUGGAAUUUCAGUAACCCAUCUUGCAAUCAUGGGUGUGUUUUUUUUUUUUUUUGUCUAAAAAAAAUUGCAAUGGGAAUGCAUCUCCAACCUCUCUGGGACCAACAAUUGAGUUGAAUGGGAAUGCUAAUGGGUAGCUUUCUCCAGGUAUUUGAGAUCUCAUUGCAAGCAAUAGAAGGUAACAACUCAUGUUUCAAAACUGUGAUGUAAAUGGAAGCCUAUUGGCUAUUUUGAAAAUAAUCCUUAGCCAUAAAUUCGUAUUUCAGUAGGAAACUGCAUCAAUAAAGCAAAGAAAACAAGGUUCAUUAAACAAUUUCAUCACUUUAAGUAUUAAUUUGUAUUAGAUGCUAUGGAAAGAAAACAGUGCUAGCUGUAUAUACAUUUAUCAGUUUCAAAAAAUAAUACUAAUACAUAAAUAACAAUUCCAAAUAAUAUAGGAGAGUGCAGGAUAUAUGUAACACUCCUUGCUUUCCUCAAUGCAUUAAAUUAUUGCAUCAACCAGUCCAGAAGGCCUAAUUAAAAUCUGGGAAAAUGUAAGCAAAAAUAUACAAUAACUUCCAUUAUAAUGCUUUAUGCAUUUAAUGAAAUAGGUAAAUGAUCAGCUUUCGUCACAUUAUUUGAAAAUCUUUAAGUGCAUUAGUGUGAAUGUAUAUACACAAAUAUUACAUACACUACCUGGAGGACUGCUUGAAUUUUGCUCUUUAUUUACCUUAUAUAACCUUGUAUACAGUGCC